AUGUCACGACCGGAACAUCUGGCACCGCCAGAGAUCUUUUACAAUGACACUGAGGCGCAAAAGUAUACGGCAAACACACGAGUGCAGACGAUUCAAGCCGAGAUGACGGAGCGCGCGAUCGAGCUGCUGAUGCUACCGGAGCAUCGCAAGCCUGCGCUUCUACUCGAUAUCGGAUGCGGCUCGGGGCUGUCUGGCGAGAUCAUCACUGAACAUGGACAUGAGUGGAUCGGUUUCGACAUAUCGCCUUCGAUGCUCGAAGUGGCUUUGGAAAAGGAGACGGAUGGAGAUCUUGUUCUUGCCGAUGCUGGUCAAGGCUGCGGCUUUCGAGCGGGCUCUUUCGACGGUGCUAUCUCUAUCUCUGUUCUGCAGUGGCUGUGCAACGCGGAUGCUUCGUCGCACAAUCCGGCUCAACGUCUCGCUUCGUUCUUUACCACGCUCUACUCUUCGCUCUCACGCGGAUCGCGCGCGGUAUUCCAGUUCUAUCCGGAAUCCGACGACCAGGUCAAGUUCAUCAUGCAAUUCGCUACGCGUGCCGGCUUCGGCGGUGGCCUCGUCGUCGACUAUCCGAACUCGAGAAAGGCCAAGAAGUUCUACCUCGUCCUCUGGGUCGGCGGCGAAAUGAUGAUCGGCCCCAACGGUCAAUCCACCAAACAGGAGCUCCCACAAGGUCUCACUCACGACCACCAAGACACUACCACCACAAGCCACAGCGUCAAGUACGAAAAACGACGACUCGACAAAGACAAUUCAAAGCGUGGAUCCAGAAAAAAGAAGCGAAGCGCAGAGACCGCAAAGGAGUACAUCGUCAGGAAAAAAGAACUCAACAGGAAGAGGGGCAAGGAAGACGUCCCCCUCGAUAGCAGGUAUACCGGAAGACGCAGAAAGGGCGGUUUCUGA